CCUGUCCCUCCUGGUCAGGACACCUCUCCCACCAUUGUUUCACUGUUCAGAUUUUUAUCGCCACAGAUUCGUGGUGCCCGUUCUUGAACUUCACGUACGUGGGUCACGUAGUGGGUUCUGUUGUGUGUCUGACUCCCUUCGCUCAACACACUACGGGGAAGCUUCCACUUUGCUCCUUUUAAUUCCUGCCGUGGCGACGAACCGGUUUGUUUCUGGCGGAAGCUUCCAACGCUUUUCCCGUUCCAGGAGCCACAUCUUCCCGCAUCACCAGGAUCUCUGCUGGGGUUUUGAGAGUGAAGAUGUGCUGGAGGCCUUUGAGGUUGGCGGUGUCGUCUUCCUUGUGCCGAGACCACAUCCCGUUUCGUGCCUCCCUGUGCGUGGCCCUGGUGCCGCUUCUUUCCUUCGUGGGCUGGGAGCCACCUUCCCUCCUGGAAGGUUCAGAUCAUGGACCAGCUGGGGCAUCCGGCCCCACUGGUGGCGCCAAGCCGGUGGGGAGACACCCGAGGUCCGAGAGGGCGUCUGACCCGGUGUCCGGAGCCCCAGCUCGGCUCUGGUCUCUGGAGGGACCCCAGCACGUGCUCCGAGCCUGGCGCACGGUGGGCUCCCAGGAGAGGUUCUGAGUGGACGGGUGGUUAGGGAGGGAGAGCCAGCCGGCACAUCUGCUGUCACAGUCGGCGAGGGCAGCCCUGCAGGAAGGCGGCGAGAGCCGGUGGGAAGCAGCAGGCCGCAGUGAGUUGCACACGGGAAGGACCAGGAUGGAGAGGCAGCGAGCCUGCUGCCCUGAGCCUGGACCCGGGGGAUGCACUUGACUUGCCCCAGCCUCAGCGUCCUCGUCUGCCCAAGAGGACCGGCCCCUUGUGUCAGCUUGCUGGACCUGUCAUCGCAAAGUGCCACGAACGGGGUGGCCUAAAACGACAGAGAUUUACUGUCUCGGUUUCUGGAGCUGCGAGUCUGGACUCCAGGUGUCGGCAGGGCUGUGCUCCCCGCAGACCUGUGCUGGGGGGUCCUUCCUUGCUUCUCCCGGCCUCCCGAGUUGCCAGCCGUCCUUGGUGUCCCUCAGCUGGUCGACGCAUCACGUCGGCCUUUGCCUCUGUCACCACGUGGCCACCUCCUCCCUGUGGGGUCCUCAUGUGCAUCUGUGUCCAGAUUUCCCUCUACUUAGGUACGAGGGCACCCCGCUUAUAAGGGCAACUCUACUUGAGUGUGACCUUGUCUUAAUGAAUUACAUCUGCAGAGACCCUAUUUCCAAAUAAGGGCACGUUCUGAGACACUGCGGCACAGUAGCCCUGCCGCCAGCCUUGCUGACCAUGGACGGGACGGCCAGUGUGAACUCUGCCGGCCGCCCUCACUACGCCUCCUCCAUCCCUGUGCCUCGAGCUGCUUCCCAGACCAGGAUUCAUACACCGACCGCCUCUCCCCGGCUGCGGCCGCACCAGGCCGGCCUGGCCCUGAGCCCGCAGCGGGCAGCCUCGCCAAGACUGGGCAAGCCGGGGGGCCCUUCCAGAGGCUCGUCUCCCAAGGCCUCCCGGGGGAGAGGCUCCCCCAGGGCCUCUGGGGCGGCGAGGGAGUCAGCUGAGGGGGCUGAAGGCCUCGCCUGCUCCCCCUGGAGCAGUCCCAGGGCGACCCCCAAAGCAGCGCUCUCCAGCCGGGCUGGGUGCAGAAGCGUUGGGGAGACGCAGGGCACCCAGGGAAAGAAGAGGGUGGCCCAGGAAGGGAUUCUGACCCGCCAGACCCGGGGCAGGAGCCCCUCCCGCACCAGUUCUCAUGCAGAAGCUCCCGAAGGUCGAAAGCCAUCCAACCACCCAGGAAAAGAUCAAAGAGAUGUACCCUACAAAAGUUCUGGGGGCCCCAGGUCUUCGGAGCUUGAUGCCCGGGAAGCUUCGGGGCCUCGCUCCCCGGUCUGCAGCCCCGUGCGGAGCGCACGCCCGCCGCCCGCCCCGGGGGUCAUCAGCUUCUCCUCGGUCCAUCAGCAGAGUCAGCCUGUCACCGCUACCGUGGCCCCCUUCCGCUACAGGGCGCAGACCGAUCCGGAGCCUGGCCCCCUCCGCCAGGGCAGCUGGGCUGCUGAUGGCUACUCCGGCCCCCCCAGCAGGACUGAGGAGAGCCUCUCGUGCGUGGACGCGCGGAUCGUCCAUGCGCUCCUCGCGGGCAGAAUGCUGGGCGGCAGCGUCAAGAGCGUGCAGCCCGAGGUGGAGCAGAGCGGCGGCGGCGGCGGCGGCGGCGACGAGGGCGCGGACGAGCCUCGGGGCGCGGGCAGGAAGGCGGCGGCGGACGGCAGAGGCAUGCUGCCCAAGCGCGCCAAGGCGCCGGGCGGCGGCGGCAUGGCCAAGGCCAGCGCGGCGGAGCUCAAGGUCUUCAAGUCCGGCAGCGUGGACGGCCGAGUCCCCGGCGGGCCGCCCGCCUCCAACCUGCGGAAGCAGAAGUCGCUCACCAACCUCUCGUUCCUCACGGACUCUGAGAAGAAGAUGCAGCUAUACGAGCCCGAGUGGAGCGACGACAUGGCCAAGGCGCCCAAGGGCUUAGGCAAGGCGGGCCCCAAAGGCCGCGAGGCUCCGCUGAUGUCCAAGACGCUGUCCAAGUCCGAGCACUCGCUCUUCCAGGCCAAGGGCGGCCCGGCGGGCGGCGCCAAGACCCCCCUGGCCCCGCUCGCCCCCAGCCUGGGGAAGCCGAGCCGGAUCCCGCGCGGCCCCUACGCCGAGGUCAAGCCGCUCAGCAAGGCUCCUGAGGCGGCCGUGAGCGACGACGGCAAGUCGGACGACGAGCUGCUCUCCAGCAAAGCCAAGGCGCAGAAGGGCUCCGGGCCCGUGCCCCCCGCCAAGGGCCAGGAGGAGCGCGCCUUCCUCAAGGUGGACCCCGAGCUCGUGGUGACCGUGCUGGGAGACCUGGAGCAGCUGCUCUUCAGCCAGGUGCUGGAUCCGGAGUCCCAGAGAAAGAGGACGGUGCAGAAUGUCCUGGAUCUACGACAGAACCUGGAGGAGACCAUGUCCAGCCUGCGAGGGUCCCAGGUGACACACAGCUCCCUCGAGAUGACCUGCUACGACAGCGACGACGCCAACCCCCGCAGUGUGUCCAGCCUGUCCAACCGCUCGUCGCCCCUCUCCUGGCGCUACGGCCAGUCCAGCCCGCGGCUGCAGGCCGGGGACGCGCCGUCGGUGGGCGGCAGCUGCCGCUCGGAGGGGCCGCCCUCCUGGUACAUGCACGGGGAGCGCGCGCACUACGCGCACACCAUGCCCAUGCGCUCCCCCAGCAAGCUUGGCCACAUCUCGCGCCUGGAGCUGGUCGAGUCCCUGGACUCGGACGACGUGGACCUCAAGUCCGGCUACAUGAGCGACAGCGACCUCAUGGGCAAGACGAUGACGGAGGACGACGACAUCACCACCGGCUGGGAUGAGAGCAGCUCCAUCAGCAGCGGGCUCAGUGAUGCCUCUGACAACCUCAGCUCGGAAGAGUUCAACGCCAGCUCCUCACUCAACUCCCUGCCCACCACGCCGACGGCAUCUCGCAGGAACUCGACUAUAGUGCUGCGCACGGACUCCGAGAAGCGCUCGCUGGCAGAGAGCGCGCUGAACUGGUUCAGUGAGUCGGAGGAGAAGGCCCCCAGGAAGCUGGAGUACGACAGCGGCAGCCUGAAGAUGGAGCCCGGGGCGGCCAAGUGGCGGCGAGAGCGGCCCGAGAGCUGCGACGACCCAUCCAAGGUUGGGGAACUGAAGAAGCCCGUCACCCUGGGGCACCCCGGGUCCCUGAAGAAGGGCAAGACCCCGCCGGUGGCCGUCACCUCCCCCAUCACUCACACGGCCCAGAGUGCCCUCAAGGUCGCAGGCAAACCCGAGGGCAAGGCCGCCGACAAGGGCAAGCUGGCGGUGAAGAGCGCCGGCCUGCAGCGCUCCUCCUCGGACGCCGGCCGCGACCGCCUGGGUGACGCCAAGAAGCCUCCCUCGGGCAUCGCGCGCCCAUCCACGUCGGGGUCCUUCGGCUACAAGAAGCCCCCUCCCGCCACAGGCACGGCCACCGUCGUGCAGGCCGGGGGCUCGGCCACGCUCGGCAAGGCGCAGAAGACCUCGGGCAUCCCCGUCAAGCCGGCGAACGGACGCAAGACCAGCCUGGACGUGCCCAACGGCGCGGAGCCCGGCUUCCUGGCUCCAGGCGCCCGUUCCAACAUCCAGUACCGCAGCCUGCCCCGACCAGCCAAGUCCAGCUCCAUGAGCGUGACCGGCGGGCGGGCCGGCCCCCGGCCCGUGAGCAGCAGCAUCGACCCCAGCCUCCUCAGCACCAGGCAGGGCAGCCUGACGCCCUCCAGGCUGAAGGAGCCCUCCAAGGGGGCUGGCGGGCGGGCCACCCCAGCCCCCGUCAACCAGACAGACCGGGAGAAGGAGAAGGCCAAGGCCAAGGCCGUGGCCCUGGACCCAGACAGCGUGGCCCUGAAGAGCAUGGGCUCCCCGGAGAGCACGCCCAAGGGCCAAGCGAGCCACCCCCCGGCCCCCAAGUUGGCAGAGCUGCCGCCAACCCCCCUCAGGGCCACGGCUAAGAGCUUUGUCAAGCCACCCUCCCUAGCCAAUCUGGACAAGGUCAACUCCAACAGCCUGGAUCUCCCUGCGUCCGCUGACGCCCAUGCGCCGAAGGUCCCAGAUCUGCACACUCCAGGCCCGGCUGCCGGGGGUCCCCUCCCUUCUUGCUUCAGCCCCAGCCCAGCCCCCAUCCUCAACAUCAACUCCGCCAGCUUCUCCCAGGGCCUGGAGCUCAUGAGCAGUUUCGGCGUCCCCAAAGAGACCCGCAUGUACCCCAAGCUCUCGGGCCUGCACAGGAGCAUGGAGUCCCUCCAGAUGCCCAUGAGCCUGCCCGGCGCCUUCCCCAGCAGCGCCCCUGUCCCCGCAGCCCCCGCGCCCCCCGCCGCCCCCGCAGAGGAGGACGCCGAAGAGCUGACCUGGAGCGGAAGCCCCAGGACUGGGCAGCUGGACAGUAAUCAGCGGGAUCGGAAUACUCUUCCCAAGAAGGGGCUCAGGUACCAGCUGCAGCCCCAGGAGGAGGCCAAGGAGUGGCGACACUCCCACAGCAUCGGGGGGCCGCCCGAGUCCGACGACCAGCCAGAGCUGCCGUCGCCCCCUGCGCUGUCCAUGUCCCUGAGCGCCAAGGGCCAGCUCACCACCAUAGUGAGUCCCACUGCGGCCACCACGCCAAGAAUCACCCGCUCCAACAGCAUCCCCACCCACGAGGCGGCCUUCGCGCUGUACAGCGGCUCCCAAAUGGGGAGCACCCUGUCCCUGGCCGAGAGACCCAAGGGGAUGAUCCGGUCAGGAUCCUUCCGAGACCCCGCGGACGACGUUCACGGCUCAGUGCUGUCCUUGGCCUCCAGUGCCUCUUCCACCUACUCCUCAGCUGAGGAGAGGAUGCAGUCUGAGCAAAUCCGGAAGCUUCGCAGGGCCCUGGAGUCAUCCCAGGAGAAAGUAGCCACCUUGACGUCGCAGCUCUCCGCCAACGCCAACCUGGUGGCGGCCUUUGAGCAGAGCCUGGUGAGCAUGACAUGCCGUCUGCGGCACCUGGCGGAGACAGCCGAGGAGAAGGACACUGAGCUGCUGGACUUACGGGAAACCAUAGACUUUCUGAAGAAGAAGAACUCUGAGGCCCAGGCCGUCAUUCAGGGGGCCCUCAAUGCCUCAGAAGCCACACCCAAAGAACUCCGGAUCAAGAGGCAGAACUCGUCGGACAGCAUCUCGAGCCUCAACAGCAUCACCAGUCACUCCAGUAUCGGCAGCAGCAAGGAGGCCGAUGCCAAAAAGAAGAAGAAGAAGAGCUGGCUCCGAAGUUCCUUCAACAAAGCCUUCAGCAUAAAGAAGGGGCCCAAGUCCGCUUCCUCCUACUCUGACAUCGAGGAGAUCGCCACGCCCGACUCCUCGGCCCCCUCGUCCCCCAAACUGCAGCACCAGGCUACGGAGACUGCCUCGCCCUCCAUCAAGUCCUCCGCCUCGUCCUCCGCGGGCACCGAUGCCCCCGAGGGCCCCGCUCCCCCGGCCCCCCACGCCCGGCUGUUCCAGGGCAGCGAGGAGGAGGAGCCGGAGAAGAAGGAGGUGUCCGAGCUGCGCUCCGAGCUGUGGGAGAAGGAGAUGAAGCUCACGGACAUCCGCCUGGAAGCCCUCAACUCGGCCCACCAGCUGGACCAGCUGCGGGAGACCAUGCACAACAUGCAGUUGGAGGUGGACCUGCUGAAAGCUGAGAACGACCGGCUGAAGGUGGCCCCGGGGCCCUCGGCGAGCUCCGCUGCAGGGCAGGCCCCGGGAUCUUCGGCUCUGCCAUCCCCUCGCCGCUCCCUGGGCCUGGCGCUCAGCCAUCCCUUCAGCCCGAGCCUCGCAGAUACAGACCUGUCUCCCAUGGAUGGUAUCAGCACCUCUGGUCCAAAGGAGGAAGUGACUCUUCGGGUGGUGGUGAGGAUGCCCCCACAGCACAUCAUCAAAGGGGACUUGAAGCAGCAGGAGUUCUUCCUGGGGUGCAGCAAGGUCAGCGGGAAAGUGGACUGGAAGCUGCUGGAUGACGCUGUUUUCCAAGUGUUCAAGGACUACAUUUCUAAGAUGGACCCAGCCUCGACGUUGGGACUAAGCACCGAGUCCAUCCACGGCUACAGCGUCAGCCACGUGAAACGGCUCCUGGACGCGGAGCCCCCGGAGCUGCCCCCCUGCCGCCGAGGGGUCAACAACAUAGCAGUCUCCCUCAAAGGUCUCAAGGAGAAGUGUGUGGACAGCCUGGUGUUUGAGACGCUCAUCCCCAAGCCCAUGAUGCAGCACUACAUUGGCCUUCUGCUCAAGCACCGGCGCCUUGUCCUCUCCGGCCCCAGUGGCACCGGCAAGACCUACCUGACCAACCGCCUGGCCGAGUACCUGGUAGAGCGCUCCGGCCGCGAGGUCACCGAGGGCAUCGUCAGCACCUUCAACAUGCACCAGCAGUCCUGCAAGGAUCUGCAGCUGUAUCUCUCCAACCUGGCUAACCAGAUAGACCGGGAAACGGGAAUUGGGGAUGUCCCCCUGGUGAUCCUGCUGGAUGACCUGAGUGAGGCGGGCUCUAUCAGCGAGCUGGUCAACGGGGCCCUGACCUGCAAGUAUCACAAAUGUCCCUAUAUUAUAGGCACCACUAAUCAGCCGGUGAAAAUGACCCCCAAUCACGGCUUGCAUCUGAGUUUCAGGAUGCUGACCUUCUCCAACAAUGUGGAGCCCGCCAACGGCUUCCUGGUUCGCUACCUGAGGAGGAAGCUGGUGGAGUCGGACUGCGACGUCAACGCCAACAGGGAGGAGCUGCUGCGGGUGCUGGACUGGGUGCCCAAGCUGUGGUACCACCUGCACACCUUCCUGGAGAAGCACAGCACCUCGGACUUCCUCAUCGGCCCCUGCUUCUUUCUGUCCUGCCCCAUCGGCAUUGAGGACUUCCGGACCUGGUUCAUUGACCUAUGGAACAACUCCAUCAUUCCCUACCUGCAGGAAGGGGCCAAGGACGGCAUCAAGGUUCACGGGCAGAAAGCCGCCUGGGAGGACCCCGUCGAGUGGGUCCGGGACACUCUUCCCUGGCCGUCAGCCCAACAAGACCAAUCGAAGCUGUACCACCUGCCCCCACCCACCGUGGGCCCUCACAGCAUUGCUUCGCCCCCUGAGGACAGGACGGUCAAGGACAGCACCCCCAGCUCCCUGGACUCCGACCCGCUGAUGGCCAUGCUGCUGAAACUUCAGGAGGCUGCCAAUUACAUCGAGUCUCCAGACCGAGAAAGCAUCCUGGACCCCAACCUCCAGGCCACGCUCUGAGGGCCCGGCAGCCAGUCGCAGGACAGCAGGACGCGGCCACUGCUGCGUGCAGCCUCCUCUUCCCCGCUUCCUCCUGGGCGCUGGCUCUCUGGCCACGAGGACAGGAGGGGGGAGGUGGAAGGAGGGGGCGGCUUCCUGGUGCUGCACCUUAAAGAACGCCCGGUGGGACUGGUGGGUGGACCUGUGUCCCCAGGUACAUUUCCUGGCCUCCUCUUGUGACUUUGGGGAAAAGAUGAUCCUGGGUCUUUUUCCUUGAUUUCUUGUCUCAAUUACAAACUCCUGAGCUUUCUGGGGAGGGGUUCAGAAGACAUCAAACAAGCCUGCAGUAGUUCCUAACUGAUGCUCACAGACAACUCAGAGACACGGCCCCGUGGGGGAAUCUGCUGGGGGAGGCGGUGGCUCCCCAGACCUUCCCGCGGACCCUGCCCAGUUCCAUCGCCACUGCCAACAGCUCUCCCUGCACCCCAAGAUUUGGCUGCAGCCCAGAAAAAGAAGCAUGUGAUUUAAAACCGUUUAAAUCAAUCUGUAAAGGGUUUAAAAAAAAAAAAAGCAAAAGCUGAAGCUGGAGGGAGGAAAUCCAUUUGCCUGGGCAGAGAGCGUGCCGCCCGCCCUGCCGUCUGGACCACGUGGGGGCACCGACGAGACGGCUGUGAGCUGAGAAGCUGCCUGACUCCAGGUGCCACCACAGCCUUCAGAGAAGCACCGCCGGCUCCAUCUCAGCCUCUAAUUUAACACGCAUGAGUCAAUAAACCCUACUUUUUUUACUUUUUAUUUUUGUUUUUUGUUUUGUUUCCAUUUUCCCCUCCCAUUUGCCUAUUUAUUCUCCUCCUCUUUUUUUGGUUUGUUUUUUUUCCCAUUUCCUCCCACGUCCACGAGAUGCUCACGUUGCUUUUCCAAGCCGCUCUUUGGAGAGCCCAAUGCCACCUGAUUGGUACCAGCUAGACACCUGCCAUGCCACUGUGUCUGCCACCCUUGGGGCUCACAUGGGACAUGUAGCAUUGGUUCAGCAGCGGGACACGAGGGACCUCGAGGUCCCUUCUGAGAAAACACACGCUCUGCCUGGAGCCCGGCAGCCAGCCUCUGGAGGAGAGCGCAUCGCCUCACCCUGAUACAAGAUCUAAUCUGAGCUUCCGUGGACCGGAGGAAAACCACAAACUGGAAGUCUCUCUGUCCUGGGGCCUGUGGAGCCCCUCGCUGCGCUAUCCUGAUGGUGACCGCUUUGCCCAACUGAAUCCACAGUCCCCAGCCGGCCUUUACUGUUGGUUUCGAACAAGUGACUAGUCCCUUAGGAGUGGACAUCCAUGUGAGAUGCUCCCAAUCAGAAUAUAAGGAGUUUGAUUUGGUGGCAGAGAUCUGCCUUCCAAAGGGAUCCACUUUUUGCAGAAGUUGCCCUGAAGUUUCGGCAGUCCUAAUUCCUUCAUCGGACAAGCACUUACAGGGCGCUUACCAUGUACAAGUCACUAGGUUAAAAAAAAAAAAAAAGACGUGGGCCCUUAAGUUCACAGUCUAGCAGGAAAUGUUAACUUCCAUUAAAUGCACACACCUCCUUGUUUUCUGGACCUUCAGAAUCACCUGAGAAACGGAGCCAAAACCCCAGGAGCCAGCCAGCGAGAAGCCCGUGAUUAGCUGUCCAGCGCACUGGGUUGCCUGGUGAGGCUGCGGUUUGGGGCUCUGCAGACCAGGGAUGUGUGAUGAGCCCGGGCCCGAGUGUUUGCUCUUCAGAUCCCCAAGUAGCACAAGACCUUAUCAGAACCUACAGGCACACUAAUCACUAACCAGGAUCGCUCUGUCCCGCCAAACCAAGGAGUAGCUGCCUCUGAAUCUUCAUAUCAGAAGACUUUCAUUUAGGUCCAAAAGGUGGUCCAGAUUGCUCCCUCCAAAAGCUUCUGCAUUCACCUGGUGGCUGCCAUGGGUGACGGGCUCGUCUCUGCUCGAGACGAUGUCUGCUGAUGCUGCUAGAGCCGUGGAGACCCCCAGCUCAGCCGGCAAAUAUGCAAUUCUGAGCGGGAAGAGGCUGCUUGUCCAAGGAUGGUGCUGACAUCACUGCCUUAAGGUCUCUGCCGUGCAGAAGGAGGAAAGCCCCGCAGCUGGGCGUUCUAGCUUGGAAGGACGGGGAGACACCCGAGCGGGCCUUCUCUGGGCGCUGGCCUCUCGCGGCCCCUCCCCGGCUGCAGUCCCAUGGCCGGGCUCAGGCUCCCAGCGCCGUCUCCACCCGGGGGCUGAGCCUUUCUCUCUGUUCUCGGUGCUGCCCAGCCAGUGCCUUCGGUCAUGGGCGUUAACUGGCUACUUGAGAAAAAGGAAAGGGGUGACCCUCUUCCUCCAUUCCAACUGCCUCAGACCCCCCACAGCGAUUCCCGCUUCCCUGGUCACCGUGGAUACCACCGCGAAGUUUACGUGGAUCCUCAGCGGGCUGGCUCUGGAGGCCUCAGGUUCCGGCGUUUCAUCUCCGUUCCCGGGGGAUCCACCGCUCUGCUCUCGGCCGACUGCCGCGUUCAGCCCGGGUCUCCAGCCGCCUGCCUCCGAAAGCGGGAUCCCAUCUGGCGAAGUGGCACUGCCCCUCCGCCUUCCCUCUGGAGCCUGGGCCCCUGAAUGUGGGCGUACACCAUCCCCCAGGAAUCACGGUGACAUGGCGACCGGGGCAGGCCGAAACUCCUCACGGUGCUAGGACCCUCGGGGCGCUCAUCCCGAGUCCUCUGGAGCUGAAGCCCGAGCCCCACUGCCUCCACCCUGGAAUGAGUGGCCAGUGCAGACCCACAGCAUUCUUUCCCACCUACGCCCUUGCUUCUUGGUCGAGACCACUGGGAUCCCUCAAAAAAGAAAAGCUGGGUCCCAGGGCUAAACUCGCAACGCCCAGCACCUUGAGAAGAAGCCGGCCUCUCCAGGACUGGAGUGUGUGCCCUCCCCCCCCUCCAGCCCCCAACUCCUUUCCUCACCAAAGCCGGCGAGCAGACCACGUGGCUCAACGCCCAGCCCCGCUUCAGGGCAGAGGUGCGGCCGCGGCCCCUCGUUCCUGGAUGAAGGAGACCAACGCGUUUUGUCCAGUGUAUUUGUCCUCAGCCCCUGCCUAGGCACGAAAAAUAAAGUACUAGGUGAUGGAGGCCAGCAGAGGACCCGA